AAAAAAAUAAAAACAUAAAAAGUGAAACCAAAACAAGCGAGCCCCAUCAUCGAAAUUAAUGAAAACACUGCUUUGUUCGCGAUUAUAGGCUGUUUUUGGGAAGUAAAUAGAUCUCAAACAGGGGCACGAUCCAUACAAGACACCCAACAACCUCAGACCAACCCAUUUACUAACCGAUUUAGAUUAGCUUCGUUCGUAAACAACGGAUAAGACUGUAUAUCAUAUCAGCUGUACGUUAAUUUAGUGAUAAACCCAUCGUAGAGCUAUUGCCACAAAGCAACAAAGAGGAGACAGAACCGAACGACCUGCCAUUUUGAUGCCAACACCUCGUCGAGAUUGAAGCCAAUUUUUUCAGAUCCCCAGUUGUCCGCUGACUUCUAAGCACCUCGCAUCGUUUUUUUUUACUUGAUAUCGGACUUUAGCCAUAGGAUAUACAUAGGAUGUGCGUUAUAUUCUUCUGUGCGGACUCGAAUCCGCAGGUGGGUGGCUACAAGCUGAUCCUGGCCUCCAAUCGGGAUGAGUUCUUUGCCCGGGCCACACAAUCGGCGGCCAAGUGGGCGAAUGCCGAGCAUGUUUACGGGGGAAUAGACCUGGAGCCGGGACGCGAGGGUGGCACCUGGCUGGCCAUCGGCCACUCCGCGGGCUUCUUCAAGGUGGGCGCCCUGCUCAACCUGACCGGCGAGCCCAAGCCCCGCGAUGCAGUCGCGCACAAGAACAUUUUGCAACCGCAUAAUCACAACAGCAACAGCACCGGCAUUAACCUUUGCCCCAAGCCCACCACCUCCAACAACAACAGUCAUCCGAAUACGAAUCUGAAUCUGAGUCCGAGUAAGGGGCAUUCGAAUAACGAACAUUUCUUACUAGGGCGCGGCAUGAUCGUGGCCGACUUCGUCACCCAGGCGGACGAGGAGCACAGCAUCCAGAAUUACAACCAGUCACUGCUCAAGGACUGCACCAAGUACAGUGCCUUCAACUUUGUGUCCAUCGAGAUUGGAUCUUCAUCCCUGCCCGCCCGCGUGGAGCUGCUGAGCAAUGUGCCGCCCACGCUGGAGGAGUUCCGGAACGGCGAGUGCUACGGAUUCGGCAACAGCCUGCCACACACACCCUUUGAGAAGGUGCGUCACGGCCAGCAGCAGUUCGAGGCGAUAGUGAAGGAGCACGGUGGGUCCAGUGUGCAGACCCUUUCCGCCCACCUGAUGCAGCUGCUCCGGAACAAGCACAAAUUCUGGCCGGAUGCCGAACUGAUGAGGCGUGCGCCCAACUGGGGCGAGGGACUGAGUGCCCUGAAUGUUCACAUCGAAGAUCAUGCCUAUGGCAGUCGGACGCACACCGUCAUCCUGGUGGAUAGCCACAACAAAAUGCACUUCAUUGAGGAGACAAUGGCUGGCGUGGAUCCCCAGGGCGAGUGGAGCAGGACACACAUUGAAAAGGAUUUUCAACAGAGCGUUUGACCACUGAAAGAUGUGUCUGUCUGAGAUUAUCUCGCUUAUAUAUCAGGAUUUUUUUUGUUCCACUAAUCUGUAUUUUGACUCUGGCAUUUACGAUAAUAAAUAUUCAUAGAUACUUUACUUUAA